AUGGUAACAAAAGAAGCAGCUAUGUCUUUCUCGCAAUUUGGAUACCCUUACAAUGCAACUUCACAGUUUUUCGUGUCGGCAAACCCCAGUACGACUUGCUGCGAUUCGAUUUCCAGGUCGGUCUCUGACGGGACAGGCAGCUCCCAGACCGCCGCUGCCGCCGCCGCCGCCUCCUUCUGCUGCCCGUCCUACGAGAACCGGCUCCUGGCGAGCAGCCGGACGGAGCUGAACGCAGCGCUGGGGAUGUACAGCUCUCCCUACGCCGCAGCGGCCGCAGCCAGCCAGAACUACGCCAACUACUUCCCCUACAGCACCGAUCCAUCCGCUAUCUACUCCACUCUGAAUCCACAGUAUGACAUUAAGGACAGCACAGGCACUUUACACUCUGGCAUCACUCAGACAGCUGCAUACUACCCCUAUGACCACUCACUGGGACAAUAUCAAUACGACAGAUACGGGACAGUAGACUUUAAUGGCACAGCCAGGAGAAAGAACGCCACACGUGAAACCACCAGCACCCUGAAAACAUGGUUGUACGAGCACCGCAAGAACCCCUACCCCACCAAGGGAGAGAAGAUCAUGCUGGCCAUCAUCACCAAAAUGACGCUCACCCAAGUGUCCACCUGGUUCGCCAACGCCAGGAGGAGGCUAAAGAAGGAGAACAAGAUGACCUGGUCGCCAAAGAACAAGGCCAAUGAUGACAGGAAGGACGACCUCACCAAAAGCGACCAAGAAUGUGUCACCAAAGAUUCUAGUGAUUGCAAAGAAGAGAAGGAUUUGCAUCUGAGUGACUUGGAGGACAUGGACGACGAUGACUGUGACAAGCUGGACAGUGACUGUGAAAAGGUGGCGGCAGAUGAGCAGGACCUCCAGAGGGCCAUGGCAGUAGCUCCUCAGAAAAGAGACUGCAGCUCUGAGCUGCACCUGAGUUUAACCAACAGCUUCCACUCGUUCCCCUGCGCCAUCAAAAGUGUCACCACGCUCCCCCCUCUCCCAUCUGACUUCCUGGAUCCAGUGCUGCCCAAGGCGCCCUCCUUGACCGGCCCGGCAGCAGGGACGUUGUCGCUGUCUCACUUUGAAGCAUCAGAUAAGCCACGGAUUUGGUCUCUGGCUCGUACGGCGGCUUCUGGGGUCAUACUGAGCCCUCAGCAGCACGGCUCUGAGCUGAGGACAGGCAACGCUACCGGGGACUGCCAGCUACAGAGCACCAGGCUUACUGGGGCUCCUACUGGACAGUGUGGGGGCAUGAGAGGCCUCCAUGAUUCUAGCAGUGUCACCAACGCUGAGAGCCCCUUCCCUGAGGGCUCAUCCUUGCACUCUAAAGUCUAUGGCACGAGCAGCUACAGUCACAAGGGCCUCCAGCUUCACUGCUCAUCCUAUGCUGCUCUCCCAGACACAUGUCAAUACUCCACUAUCGAAGGAUUCUCUGGCAGCAAAGCAGAGACACAGUCGUCUGACCUCAGUGAAGCCUGCGGGACCGUGCAGGAUGACAAGGUCACUGCGUUCAGACCGGUGAUGAAGAGGUGAAGCAGAUCUUUGGAAAGUGUAC